AUGUUGAAGAUCUGGUCUAUGAAACAAAAACAGCAGCAGGCUGAAAAUGCCGAGGGGGGAGCUGCGAAGAAGAAGAAAGUUACUGCUGCGCAGUUGCGUGUUCAGCGAGACCUCCAAGAACUCUCCCUCGGCUCCACGAUGAAAAUGUCCUUCCCCGACCCGGACGACAUCCUCAACUUCACGCUCACCAUCGAGCCCGACGAAGGCAUGUACAAAGGCGGCAGCUUCAACUUCACAUUCAGCAUCAACCAAAACUUCCCGCACGACCCGCCCAAAGUGAAAUGCACGCAAAAGAUUUACCACCCAAACAUCGACCUGGGAGGCAACGUAUGCCUAAACAUCCUGCGCGAAGACUGGAAACCCGUCCUGAAUCUGAACGCGGUUAUUGUGGGCAUGCAGUUCCUGUUCCUGGAACCCAAUGCGUCGGAUCCGCUUAAUAAGGAGGCCGCGGAGGAUUUGAGGUUGAAUCGUGAAGGGUUUAAGAAGAAUGUUCGCAAUUCGAUGGCGGGUGGUAGUGUCAAGGGGAAUACAUUUGAGCGGGUUUUGCGAUAG